AUGGAUGCAGAUUCUGCGCCCCAGAGAAGAUUCACCGCAGCAAUCACCGAGUACGAGGAUGUAGGAGGGCACGUGGAGUAUUGCCUGAAAGUGGCACAUUGCAGUGGAGUUUCUUGGACGACCUGGCGGCGAUUUUCCGACUUCCAUCAUGCGCAUGAGGAGCUGUGCUCUCUUGUGGAUGCUAGAGACCUGCCUCCUGGUCCUGAGAGAUCUUGGCUUCCGGCCUUUACACAGUCGCUUUCGGUGGAGUUCUGUGAGCAGAGGGAGCAUGAACUGAGCAGAUAUCUGCAGCGGCUCUUGGGCCACAGCGCUGCGGCUCCGGCACCGCUGCGGAGUCUGUUGGGGUUGAGGCGCCCGGACACUCCCGGGAGCCUGCGGGUGGUGCCUAAAGCGGGGGUGUUGGAGUUGGAGGUGAAACCCCCGGAGGCGCAGACUUUCCCUGACGACGGUCAGAGAUCUUCGAAAGUUUCGCAGCUCGGGGGUCCAGUGGACGGCUACUACAUCGAGGUGGUGAACCUCGACUCUGGCAGCAAACACCGCUUGGCGCGAGACGUUGGGGCUUCAGGCACUCUGCCUCAGAAAGCACAGGUGGGCCAUCUGGACAGUGGAAGGCACCUUUUUGUCGUGGCCGCUUACAACGGCGCCGGCUGCUCUGGGCAAGUUUCAAUAACUGUUGAUCCUGCUCUUGCGUUUGCAAAUGCAGAGCGGGCGGCGCCUUCUUUUAGAAGCGGACCGGGCAUGGGCCAAGCCGAGCCCGAGCCACGGCAGACUCCUGCCUUCCUCCCUGCCCAGAACGCCUCGAGCCACGGGGGCUACGUCAGGCACGUGGGUUCAGAGCCCCCCAUCCCUAGAGAAACGUGCCUCCCCCCUGCCCCGACUCCACUUGGGCCCUCCGCGGGGCCCUCUGGCCGACCGAUUCCGGGGCCGCUGCCGGCCAGCCGGAUCCUGACAGAGCGUGGGAGAGCCUGCGCUGUGCGAACCACGGCAGAUGUACACAGGAAGAGUCCCGGGCCUGAAGAGGACGAGGAUUUGAUGUGCGUGGUUUGCCUGGCCUCGCCGAGCUUUGUCCUGAUGACAGAGGAACUUGCCCAGUUUGUCGAGCAGCACAAGUGCGAGGAAAAGCUUUGCUCCACAAACCAGAUCAAACAGGCGGCACGGCAAGUUCUGGCUGAGGGCGCAUGUCAGAAAAGCCGCAUAGGCCCCGCAGACAGCACUCAGGAGCGCCGGCUCCCCAAGGCUGCUGCGCGGCUGACCAGUGCAUUCAAGCUCGUUGGGAGCCUGGAGCUGCAGUGCCGCGAAGAAGUGACCCGGGGCCACGAGCUGCAGGGAGGGCAGCUGCAGUCUGUCCUGAGUCACGACGGGAAGCUCAAGCGCUUCAACCUAUGGUUGAAGGAGCACUCGACAAAGCAGGAAAGUUCCCCGGCUGAGAAAAAAGAAGAUGAUCCGAUCCCUGUGCAAGAGGAGGAGCAGGACGAUGAGAUUGGUAACCUCCUGCAGCAGUACGGUGUGUUGCUGGAGUAUGAGAGAACGCAGGACCUUCUGCCGUCGGGCAUGUAUGUGCUCCCCUGCUUCGACUCCGUGCUAACCUGGCAGGGCGCUCUCUUCAUCAAGCAGGGCCUCUACAAGGGGGCAGUCUUCAAAUUCCGCCUGGUCCUGCCGGAGGAGUAUCCCGACCAAGGCCCCGAUCUCUUCUUCACCUCGGACGUCUUCCAUCCAAUGGUCGACCCCAAGACCGGGCAAGUGGAGCUCGGAUCGUUGUUUCCGGAGUGGCGCCCCGGACGAGACUUUGCUGCUUUCGCACUGCCUCAUCUUCACAGGGCCUUCCUGCGCAGGGAGUACUUUUCCAGCAAUGCUCGGCCGGCCCUGAAUCAAGAGGCGAAGCAGCUUUUCAUCUCUGACCCUGCCCAGUUCGCUGAGCGCGCGAAGGCUUGUGCAAACAAGAGCCUGCUGCAUGUCUACGACAACGCCUCUGGGUCUUCCUUGCAGUUUACCAAGGGCCCCGCUGAGGCUCACGACGCUAUCCUGGAACACCUCAAAGCUGACCCAUCUGCUUCGAUCGAGGAGCGGAAGACGGCUUUCGUGGAUUGGUUCUGUGACCAUUACGCUCACAAGCGCACCCGGGUUGGUGUGGCGCAAGGAGACGCAGAGGCCGAGACAAUCUUGCUAGAUGCGAAAGGCGGCCGCGUGGAAGGCGCUGGCUACCCCAAAGCCGGGACAAGCGCAUCUUCAUCAGCCAAGUUGGCUCCGAACGAUCGCGAUCAAGAGGAGUUUUUCUAG